AUUGGCUGGCGGGCUGUCAAACGGGUUGACAUGAGUAACGCAACUAAAGGUUCAUUUAUCAAGAGUGUCAUUGGCUGCUCGCUGAUUGGCCAAUUGGCGUUGGCUCGCUUUCUGCCAAUCAAUAACACAUGGGAUCGAGGAGGCGAGAGUCAAAAAUAACGUGUGCUCCUCAUAAGCGUGUAACGAGGCUUUGAGAGCGUACCACGACAGAACGACAAACGAACUCUCGACAAACCGUCACAAUUUUGUCGUGGAAAAUUUGGCCGCCGCCAACUUGAAGGUAAUUUUAUUUAAAUUUGUGUCGUUCGUUUGGCCAUGUCGACGACCACAAUUUUAACGCCGUCGGCGAACACGGGCUCUAACGCGAACGGAGAAAGUAAUGGAAAGUGCAGUCCGGACCGCGUUAAGCGACCCAUGAACGCAUUUAUGGUGUGGAGCAGAGAACGACGGCGUCGAAUGGCGCAGGAAAAUCCGAAGAUGCACAAUUCGGAGAUUUCGAAGAGGCUGGGAGCCGAAUGGAAACUUCUCUCGGACGCCGAGAAGCGACCGUAUGUGGACGAAGCCAAGAGAUUGCGAGCUGUUCACAUGAAGGACCACCCUGAUUACAAGUACAGACCGCGACGAAAGAGCAAAACUUUGCUCAAGAAGGACAACAAGUACACUUUGUCGAUGUUAGGGGCUCAAGGUGGUCCGCCAGUUCAACGAUCUGUGGCGCAAAACCCGGCCGAACAUUUCGCACAAAUGAACGGUUUUACUUACGGUCCCAUUUCAGCGUACAGCCAAAUGAAUGUGAGUGAUCCUUAUAGUACAAUGUACGCCGGUCAUCCACUAUCACCGCAUACCCCUACACAACUACAAGCUACGAACGGCAUGCACCAUUCCGGUUACACUAGCAUGGGAGGCAGCCAAAUUUACCCUGUUGUUUCAUCGCAGGGUCAAGCUUACACCAUGAAUGGUACUGCUCCGUCGAUGAACUCGAUUACUCCUUUGUAUUCGCAGCCUAGCAAUCCUGUGCUACUACCAAACAUUAAACAAGAAAUCCCGAGCCCUGGCUCGCAGUCCAGCCGGACACGGAGCUGCACCGAUCAACUCGGAGAUAUGAUUAACACGUAUCUUCCUGGGGAUACUUCAAAUUUACAGAAUGCGAAUCAUCACCACCAGGUUACUGGAAGCCACGUUCCUCCCAAUCGCUAUAGCCAGUGGCAGGAAUCAAGCUCUGUGGCGAGCAGUCUGCCUGUCCAUAGCGGAGUGACUCCAGUUAGCAUUUCUAACGUUUCGGGCGUUAGUGGGACAAUGCCAUUAACUCACUUACCAUGAUGGAAUUAGCGAAACGCCGGGAUCAUUUCUACCGCAAACGCACGGUAAAUUCAUUCUGUAUUUUGCUACGUGAUCGUGUUCUCAGUCGUUUAUAGAGAGAAGUAAGAGAGAGAGACAGAAAAAAAAAGCAACACAGAGGUUAAGCAGAUUUAUUGCUUGACUCGGCUUCAAAGUCAAAAGUGCUGCCAUGCUAUUCGCUGGAGAGAUUUAAGACGAGGGGAUAAAAUCCGAACGGGUCGUUCCCGGAGAACUGAAUUUACAUGUAGAGCGAGAAUUUAUUGAGAUCGCGUUGUGGAUUUAUUUAAGGAACUUUAUGCCACACUCUCAGAUUGUUUUUGUUGGAUGUGAAUAAUUCUGCUGGAAAGAGAAGUGAACCUAAGUAAUUGAAACGAAUCGUGUAGUUUUCAAUACACGAAAGAUUAGUAUCAAGAGAUGAAAAAAAAAAAUCUCGCUUAAGUCGAGCUUUUUGUCAGUGUUCUCAAGUUGAACGACGAAAUGUUCAUGCAAUCAUUUGCUCGCUGAAUCGUUCUUUUGAACCCUUGUUGUUUGUUGGCUUGCAUGUUUAAAUUACUUUGUAGGAUUAAGCACGUUUGUAUGAAUUUCAAAACCCUAUGUGUACCAUGCUAAUAUUAGUCAGUAUUGCUGAGUUCCGUAAUGAUAUCUUGAUGAAGAGAAGCAACAACUUGUAUAUAACUUCAGAUCAAAGAGAGCAGAUAAUUAUUUCUUUAUUUUCCUUUUGAAGAAAUAAAAAAGCACAUUAAAAUAA